AUGUUGACACUGGGCCAAAAGUUCACUUGGAUUUGUGUUAAUGGUGGGGCUGUGGAGAUUCAUGAGAGGCUUGAUAGAGCGGUAAUGAAUGUGAAGUGCCAAGAGGUUUAUCCGAAUUCAAUGGUCAGUCACUGUGCUAGAGUAGGAUCGGAUCAUUGCUCUAUUCUCAUUGGUUCCAUGCCUUGUGGUCAAAAGCGUAAGCGUGUUUUCAUAUUUGAGUCCUUUUGGGCUGAGGACGCUCAAUGUGGUGUCCCAUGCUUGGGGAGAAGGUAG